CGUUUGUUUCACUGUUACUUCCGCGUCCCCCUCGUCCGCGUCCCUCCGAACGCACGGAACAAGCCACAGCCAUCACAGAUCCGAGCUCGCGCCCGCCUACCUCGACGACCACCGCCGCGCGCGGCUCCGGGAUCGGAGACCUUUCGCCCGGCAGCCUCGCGGCGACCGCGGGGUGGGGCGGCCAUGGAGGACUACCCGGAGGAGCUGCGGACGCCGCCGGUGUCGCUGGUGUCCAUCGUGGGGUGCCCGGAGAUGCACGCCACGAUCUCGGCGGCGCUCAGCUCCCAGCAGCCGCCCAUCAACACGCUGGCCCUCCCGGACUUCGCCAAGGCCAACAUCCUCUCCCGCACCGGCAAGAGCCGCGACCCGCUCGCGCCGCCGCAGGCCGCCACGGGGAUCCUCAAGAAGGACUGGCUCCUCAAGCACCGGACGCGGGUGCCCGCCGCCGUCGCCGCCAUGUUCCGGGCCGAUCAGGUCACCGGCGACCCCGCCCAGUGGCUCCAGGCCUGCUCCGAUCUCGAGAACCUCAAGUCUAUAAUCCAGGGAAGACAUACUAAAUUGGUGGUGAUCCUUGUACAGACUCAAGCUGGUGAUGAGCUGGGUGAGGAAGUUAUGGUUGCCCUGAGAAAACGUGCGGAGAUUGAUUCUAAGCACCUGAUUGUGUUGGUUGAGAGUGAUGAAGCAGAACGGAACGCAUCUCUCCUCAAAUUGAGGACUAUUUUUGCGGAGCUGUGUUCCACAUACUAUAAGGGGGAAGGGCGAAGGAUAAAAGCCCGCAUUGAGAAGAGGAACUUCUCUUCUGUGGAGCUGAGUGUCCGCUACUGCUUCAAGGUUGCUGUUUAUGCGGAGUUUAGGCGGGAUUGGCCAGAAGCAUUGAAGUUCUACGAGGAAGGAGUUCGUGUUUUGCGUGAGAUGAUUGGGACUUCAACAAGGUUGCCUCCAACCCAACGCCUAGUUGAGAUAAAAGCAGUCGCCGAUCAAUUUCACUUUAAGAUAUCAACGUUGCUGCUUCAUGCUGGGAAGGUCGUAGAAGCAAUCACAUGGUUCCGUAAACAUAUCCGAAGCUUUGAGCGUGUUGUUGGAUCACCAGAAGUUGCUUUUCUUCAUUGGGAAUGGUUUAGCAGGCAGUUCCUUGUCUUUGGUGAGCUAAUAGAGACAACAUCAACAACUGUUCCAGAUACAAUAUCCCCCCGGUUUGGUACUGCUGACAAUGCAUUGACUGAGUGGGAAUUUCAGCCAGCUUACUACUACCAGUUAGCGGCAAAUUACCUCCGAGAGAAGAGGUGUGCUUUAGAGUGCCCUUCGUCAAGUGCAAAUCUUACCGGUGAUAGCCAAAUACCUGACUCCGUAAUGUCUUCUGUAUAUGUUGGCCAGUAUGUCCGCCUGUUUGAGGAAGGAGAUACCAUUUCUGUGCUUCCCCUUUCUGAUACAGAAUAUACCAGUUAUGCUUUGUCAGAAGCUGAAAGGUUUCAAGAUUCGUAUGAGAUAAUUGCAUUGUUCAGAAAAGCUUAUGAAUCAUUUCUGAGUCUAGGGGCUACGAGAAUGGCUUCUUCCUGUAGUGCUGGAAUGGCUAUAGAAUAUUAUGCAGCUGGGGAAUUUGGUAACGCAAAAAAACUUUUUGAUGGUGUCGUUGGUCUAUACCGUCAGGAGGGCUGGACUACUUUGCUUUGGGAAAACCUGGGUUACUUGAGAGAAUGCUCAAGGAAACUUAAUUCUCUGGUGAAUUUUAUCAGCUAUUCACUAGAGAUGGCUGCAUUACCGUUAUUCUCUGGCAGUGUACAGGGCAACUCUGAAAAUAAAAGUAAUGGACCAGCAGGUUGGCCUACCAUUUCCAGGAGAGAGGAAAUACAGCAAGAAGUUGUCGAUAUUCUUGAAGGAAAACAUACAUCCCAAGUUAUCGAUGAUGAAUUUAAUCUUCAGUUGACGGAAGAAUCUACUCACCUAGUUAUUGAUCAAAUAAGUCCUCUAAGAAUAGUGCUUGUUGCAUCUGUUGCUUUUCAUGACCAAUCUGUAAAACCUGGCUCACCUCUGCUUGUCAGCGUGUCAUUGUUGUCUCAUCUUCCUUCUCCAGUUGCAAUUGAUCAAUUGGAGGUUCAGUUCAACCAAUCUGACUGUAACUUUGUCAUGGUUAGUGCACAGGAAGAUUCUUCUACGUUGAAUUCAGAUGUUUAUGGCCAAGUCGUCCAUUCUACUUCUCUUACAUUGUUCAGCAAUAAAUGGAUGCGGUUGACGCAUGAAGUUAAAUCAGGACAAAGUGGAAAGUUGGAAUGUUUAUCGGUGAAGGCAAUAAUAAAUAAGCACCUUGUGGUUUGCUGCCAGGCUGAAAGUCCUGCUUCAAUGGAAGACUUCCCGCUGUGGAAAUUUGAGGAUCAAGUGGAGACAUUGCCUACAAAGGAUGCUGCACUCGCCUUUUCCGGGCAGAAACUGAUUCAAGUCGAAGAGCCAGACACUCAAGUUGACCUUGUCUUAGAUUCUACUGGCCCUGCGCUGGUUGGAGAGUUGUUUGUUGUCCCAGUAACCAUAUUAUCAAAAGGGCACGCAGUUCAUUCUGGUGAGCUGAAAAUUAAUCUUGUCGAUGCCAAAGGCGGUGGUCUUCUGAUGAGUCCAGGGGAAGCAGACGAAUCUGAAAGCCAUCACGUUGAACUUCUUGGUGUUUCAACCGCAAGUGGGGAUGAAGUGUCGAAGGAAGAAGUCGAUAACAUUAAAAAGAUUCAAUAUUCAUUUGGGGUCGUAUCAGUUCCCACGUUAGUUGCUGGUGAUUCCUGGUCCUGCAAAUUGGAAAUUAAAUGGCAUGGAGCAAAGUCACUCAUGCUCUAUGUUUCACUUGGCUAUUCUCUAGACUCGAGUGAAGAUGCAUCACUACACAGACUUAACGUGCACAGAAGCUUGCAAGUUGAAGGAAAGAUCCCCAUGAUAGUUGGUCACCAGUUUUUGAGACCAUUUAGGCGAGAACCCUUGUUGCUAUCCAGGAUCAGAUCCUCAAGCGACAACAAUAAAAAAGAUUCACUUGCUAUGAACGAGUCCAAUAUGCUUAUUGUGAGUGCUAGAAAUUGCACCGAGGUCCCUUUGCGUUUGCACUCGAUAGCCAUUGAAUCUGAUGGUGAUGGGAAGCAGCUGUGCUCUGUGGAACAAAUCAGCGGACUAUCGGAUGAAUACGCGGUUGUUGCUCCUAGCGCAGAAUACAAAGCAAUAUUUUCAGUCAAUCCAAGGGCCAGCAAUCCAGACUUUUAUUUAGGUGAACUUUGCCUGAACUGGUCAAGAGAUUUAGUCCUUGGAGAGAAUCAAGAUAGCCGUGUUACAAUGAAGCAAAGAUUACCCGAGGUUCAUAUCGAGGAGCCGCCGCUUGUUGUGAGCAUCGAGUGCCCUCCCUACGCUAUCCUCGGGACCCCGUUCACUUUCUAUGUGAAGAUCCACAAUUCAACAUCCUUACUCCAGGAAAUCAAGUACUCUCUUGUUGAUUCCCAGAACUUUGUUUUCUCUGGGGCUCACAAUCAUGCCGCAUUCAUUCUGCCGAAAACCGAGCAUACUGUUAGUCACAAGCUCGUGCCGCUUGGUUCCGGUUCCCAGCAGCUGCCGAGGAUAACAGUAACUUCGGUGAGGUACUCUGCUGCAUUGACUCCUCCAACCUCAGCCACAUCCGUCUUUGUGUAUCCCAGCGAGCCCAAAUUCAACCUGGAAAAGAGCCACCCCAUAUCCGAUGAAUGCGUGAGCUAGAUUUUCACAGACCGGGCAACUCACUCUUUAUACCCCCUUUCAAACGGGCUGUGGUGCUCAAGCAGAGUCACCGCUGGAAAGAAAAGCCUAUCGGUGAUUCUGCCCCACCUCCUUGCUGAACAGGCUUGAAGCAAAAUGCUGUUGUCGAGUGUUGAUCGGCACGGCGCCGAAGUUUUGGCCUUGUUUUGAAUAUUGGUUUCUGUAGACCUUUUGGAUAGACCACAUAUGCCUUGUAACAUGUGAUUAUACUCCAUUGUUUUUUGGCUCAAGGAUAGUUGCACACAGUAGACAUGGCGCGUUGGUGCUGUAUGUAAAUUAGGCCCCACCAGGCAAGUGGGGAAUAAGUGAGCCCCAUAUCUAUCUCUCAGUAGCAGAAGUUUUUUGUUAUCUUCAGGUUCAUUGUCUCUGCAAAACUUGUGUUUAACCAUACUGACAUCUCUGCUGCUACAAGCUUUCA